CACGAGAGCUCGAGUAAUGCUCAUGAAAUGACGCCUGUAUCAGAGAGAAAUCUGCCAUUGACGUUGGUCAUUACUGAGUAAAUACGAUUGCGCUUGUCAUCGUGAUCCCAAUCCUAAACUGGAGCUUUGGCUUCGACCUCAAUCUUCAACUCGACCUCUACGAACAACGACCUACAAACCUCUCCACUCCCCUAUAUCGGCUCUGCAGCUGUAAUUCAGCUGGCUGUCGUUGGCCAGAGAGUAUUCCGCGUCUCUAGAGCCUCAACCGCGACCAUGUCAGCAACAAUGUUCCGAACCACCGCAGCCCGUUCGCUGCCGCGAUCCUUUCCCAGUUUGCAAGCUCCUACUCCGCGAGCCAGCCUGUACAACCACGUCCUUAAGGCCUCUUUGAGAACCUCCGCAAAGUCCGUUAGACCGUCGCAGCUUUUGGCUGUCACAAUUGCGCGGCCUGUCCAAAAAUCGAUGGUCCGCUACGAAUCCACUGCCGGGCAGAAAGCUGCUCUAUUCGACAUUAAGAAGGCCGAAGAGGCGAUCCGCAACAAGACUCUGCAGCCGAUUCCUGAGCUUGUGUCUUCAUCAUCGAGUGUUCGGGCGAUUGCCGGCGAGGCGCAAGCUGAGGAGCAUGAGCAGGAUGUGGACAUGAUGGCAGGCAUCCGGAGUGAUUUUGAGACUAUCAAGGACACCUUCAGCUUGCGCGAUGUUCCUCGCGAAGCGCUGUAUGUCGGUCUGGCAGGUGUUAUCCCUUACCUGGCUACCUCUCUUACCACAGUCUAUCUUUCAUUCGACAUCCAAUAUGCCGCUACCCACGGUACUGGCUUUUUCUUGUCUGGCCAGACUGCCGAGCAGCUGUUGCACAUUUUGGAACCAAUUCAGCUCGGCUACGGUGCAUCGAUCAUCUCUUUCCUCGGUGCCAUUCACUGGGGCCUUGAAUGGGCCGGUUUCGGUGGAUACAAGGGAUACCCCAGAUACUCCAUGGGUAUCGUUGCCACGGCUGUCGCAUGGCCGACUCUCCUGCUCUCCGCAGAGGUCGGCUUGAUUGCUCAAUUCCUUGCCUUCACGUUCCUGUACUACAACGACGCCAGAGCGGCGGCUCGUGGCUGGGCUCCUUCGUGGUACGGAACCUACCGAUUUGUCCUCACUUUCAUUGUCGGGGCCAGCAUUGUUGCAUCCUUGAUUGGCCGUGGUCAAAUCGCCGACUUGGUCACUCGACCCCCUGGUCCGGCCGACCGCAUGAGGGCUCUCCGUCAACAACAGCUUGAGGAGCUUGGCCCUGAGCCCGAGGCGUCUGAGCCGGAGGAAGAGGAUGAGGACGAAGAAUAGAGUAGCCUCACAAUGCGUCAGUUCGGGGUAGUCCGGGGCAAAGGUUUGCCGGACGCUUGCAGCGUCAGUCAUUGUACAUACAAAGGCAGAAAAUCAAGAUAUUGACAUCUUCCUG